AUGUAUCUUCCUUGGCGAGGUUUAAAACUACCCAAAGUUUCACCGUCAUCUACAACAUUAAAAGACGCUUUCUCAGCAUCAUCACGUUCUUUUUUGCAAAUGUUUAGAAGUCUAUCUCCCUCACUUUCUCCUUUUCUCGUGCCCUUAUCCUCCUUUUGUCUCCUCCUCUCUUCCUCUCUCUCUGACUCUCACUUCUCCCCCUUAAUCACGCUCUCACUGUAUAUUCUUAUUUCUAUUCCUCCCCUUCUUCUUUCGCCCCUUCUCUCUUGUCUUCCUCUUUUCCUCCUUUCACCUGACGCCGUUCUUCUUCCCCUUAAACCCAUCUUUCUUUUUCCCUCCCUUCCGCAAGCUAUACAUCUCGUUCGUCCUCUCGCUCUCUUUCUGACACCUCCUCCCUCCAUUUCUUCUCUGACGACAUAUCCUCACUCCCUGUUCAUAGUCUUCUAUAUCAUUCUCCCCACAUUCUCCCUUCUGAUAUCUCUGCUCGUCUAUCACCCAAUACCUUCUCUUUCGCCCCGCUUUCCCCAACUCCCUAUACUGCAGCUUUUAUUUCUCCUUUUUCACCCUCUCUCCAGUUCUCGGCCAUCUUUUCCCUGUCAUCUCUCUCUCUCUCUCUCUCUCUCUCUCUCUCUCUCACUCUCUCUGUCUAUCUAUCUAUCUAUCUAUGAUACGUCUGGACUAAACAUAAAUAUUACCUUCCAUCAUUUUUACUUUUAA